UCCUCCGGUUGAAUUAAAAAACGGAGCUUUCCAGUAUCCACAACAUAGCCACUUGUCGGGUCAGGGCACGCAGUGCUCAGUUUUUUAAAAUUUACUAAUUAAAAUCAGAUCAAAAGGUAUAAACAUGUCCGGCAAAUCAAAGGCCUUUACGAAGGAAGAAGAGCUUUUGCUCCAGGAUUUCUCUAGGAACGUGUCGACCAAGUCGUCUGCUCUGUUCUACGGCAAUGCUCUCAUUGUGUCGGCUAUUCCCAUCUGGCUUUUCUGGAGGAUUCACUUGAUCGAUGUUUACUCCAAUUUGAUUUCUUUUGUACUGGUGACCCUUGUCAGCACUUAUGGUCUUGCUUUUGCAUACAAAAAUACAAAAUACAUAUUGAAACAUAAGAUUGCUGUCAAGAGAGAAUAUGCAGUUACCAGAGAGAUGACAAGUAAACUUGCAGAGGACAAGAAAAUGAGCCGCAAAGAAAAGGAUGAGAGAAUCUUGUGGAAAAAGAACGAGGUAGCCGACUACGAAGCCACCACCUUUUCCAUCUUUUACAACAACGCCUUGUUCCUGGCUAUCGUCAUCAUCUCCUCAUUCUACAUACUCAAGUCAAUGACGCCAGCCGUCAACUACAUAUUUUCCGUCGGAACCGCGAGUGCCCUUCUCGCGCUGCUCUCGACGGGAUCACAAUAAGCUAAAAAUGCCAACAAACAUGCCUUUGAAUGAUAUAAUUCUCGCUCUCCCAUUCCUUGAAGUUUUGUUGAGUAAUUUUAACAAGACUCUGCUCGCUUGUGUUUUUUUUUUUUUAAACACCAGCGAAUUUUUUAUACCCGAGUACAAUUAGGUGAGAAAAUAAAUGUAUAUUUAUUAUAUAAGUACAACUGAA